AUGUCACCACCACCCCCAGGACUAAUAAUAGUAACAUUCCCAAUACCGUCUAUCCUGUCACCUCAACACCACCCAAUCCAAGACCUAGCCAAAGAACAUUUAAUUCCAAUCGUCAGCGCAAUAAUAGGAGAAACAGAUAUGACUAAGGCUAAAACUCAUUUUAUCGGGCCAUGUCCGUGCAUUAAAUUAGACGAUUCAACCUAUGACCCCAGAGAAGAUGAUGACUAUAACGUUGAUGAAGGCAGACCCUUGGACAAUCUUUCGAGAGAAAAGUUAGAAUGGGAAGAGGAAUAUGAUGAUAAUGAUUAUAGGAACCCUGGUGAACGGCAGGAAAUGUUGGAUCAAAAUUAA